CAUAUUGUAUCGAACUCGUCCAAAUAAUAAUCUGAUCCUCGAAGCCACGGAUGUUAAAUCGUUGCAAUUGUAUCAUUGAAACUCCCAUGACAUGCACCUUGUACUUAAGCCUGUCUCAGAGAAAACUGUUUCCGGGACACUGUUCCCAUCAAAUUCCUUAAAAUUUCAGCCAAUCUUUCUCUUCAUGAGUUAUUCGCCUCCGAGGAUGAAGACGAAAACAAAAGGGCGAAAAGCAAUAGGUGGUUCAGAGAUUGUCUGCUGAAGUUCAAUGUCAUUCUCUUGUUGUCCCUACAUUUCAAGGCAUGCAAUUCUUUUAGGUAGUUCUGGGUCUCAAAAUGUUGCCCUCAGGACCUCAAAAAGAUGGUAUUCGGCCUCCAGCCUUCAUAGGGCAAGUCUCCAUCACAAGAGUAACUGGGUCCUCCUUUUGGGCAUGGCUUCUUCUUCUUCUUCUUCUUCACACAAUCAACAAGAAAGUCAUGCUAAUAAAAUAUCCACGCAGAAACAUGAAUUUGAUGCAAUACAGGAUUUAAUGCUCUCAUCCCCACCAACCAGACUAAGUGAUAGGAAUAAGAGCUCCACCGACAAGGGCAACCGUUCCUCAACUACUGCACUUGAGAAAAAAGCUCUACAAAUUGUGGGUUCUCCUAACUUUUCACUGAGAGACAGAGCAGAUGCAAUGAAUGGACUCCUGGACUUGCUAGAGCAAAAGAGUGUUCCAACAGCUUAUGCAUUUGAGUUCAUCAGAUGUGCUGGGAAGCUGAUUGAUGAGCUCAUAAGUGAGGCAAAGCAGAAUUUUACUGGAAUAAAAACGGAGCAGCGAGACACAAUUGAAGAUAUUGGCAAUGUUGCAGACAAUAUAAAAGAAUCUUCAGUACUUUUUGAAAGGAAACCAGGAUUUGGCUUGGAAGAUCCAUGGAAAGUUCUUGACUAUCCAUCAAUUGCAAGCAAAGUGUAUAUUUGUGCUGAGAGAAGAGGGAUUGCGAGAUUGGUGGUAUAUUUUCAGGUUCUUAACAUGAAAGCAUCCGACAUACCCAAAGUAAUCCCUUAUGCUGGAGGGGGAAUAGAUGUUGCAAUGGCAAAAGUAGAGUUCUUAAGAAGUAUUGGGGUGAGAUCACAGCAUCUUCCAUCUGUUCUUGCAAGUUGGCCUCAAAUCCUCACCUAUCAAUGUGACAGUCUGGUAUUAGUGGUGGAGUACCUCAAGAGCAUUGGGCUUCUGCACAAGGAAAUUGUAGCCAUCAUUGUGAAAUAUCCAGAGGUUCUUGGACAGAGUGUUGAAUUGGAACUUCGGAGAACUGUAGACUUUCUUCAAGAGAUUGGUUCAUCAUUGAAAGAUGUGAAGACUCUUAUAACUAGUCAUCCAAGCUUACUUCUUCAGAAUUUAAAUCUGAAGCUUGGCCUACUGGUAGAUUACUUAGUAGGUGCAGGAAUACAGAAGAAGCACAUCGGCCCCUUGUUGGUAAAGAGGCCGAUACUGAUCAACAGUAACCUUGAGAAAGAUCUAUUGCCUGUAAUAAAUUACUUGAAGAACAUCAAUGCAAGUGCAGAUGAUAUAGACAAAAUAAUUACAUCGUUUCCUGGACUGUUUUGCUAUGAUGUUGAGAAGGACUUUAGACCAGCAGUAUCUCAGUUUGAAAGUGUGGGAGUGGAUCCCAGCUUAAUGGGCAAGCUCUUUCGAAGGCAUCCACAGUUGUUGAAAAAUAGAAUGAAUAUUGGAUCGAAAGUACAGUUUCUGUUAAAGCUUGGUUUGGAAAAAGAAGAUAUGGGUAAAGUUAUUUACAACGCUCCUCAGCUUCUUGGCUUAAGGGAAGAGAAGUUGAGGGCCACAAUAAAAUUUCUAGAAAACAUUGGUGUAAAGGGAUCAUCAUUAUGCAAGGUUCUGAAGCUUAAACCAAUGGUCUUGGCUUAUAGUGUAGAAGCAAAAUUGCAGCCAAAUAUCAGUUUCCUUCAAAAUUUUGGAAUCAACCGGCUUGAUGUUGGCAAACUUGUGACUCGCCACCCACAACUACUUACAUUAAGCAUUGAGAAGAACUUGGAACCUACUGCGAGAUUUCUCUUGGAGUUGGGAUUUACGAGGGAAGAAGUUGCAGAUAUGGUAAGGCGUCUACCAUCACUUUUGGGUUUGACUGUCACCAACGUACUAAAACCCAAGUAUAAGUUUUUCAUCGACGUCAUGCAACGAUCCCCAAAGGAACUUGUUAAAUUCCCUCAAUAUUUUAGUUAUAGUCUGGAUAGGAGAAUUAUACCACGCUAUAUGCGUUUAGGAGAAAAGCAUAACAAUUAUUCGUUAAGUACUAUUUAUGGCUGCGGAGAUGCAGCAUUUGAAAAAAUGAUUUCUAGAUGGAAUGACGAUUUAAUACAAGAUUGAUUUCUGCUUCGGUAA